AUGGACGGAAGCAAGAACAACAAGAACGAGCAGAACAGCGAAGCCGAAGAACUAUCGCCGAUCAUCACCACCUUCGACCUCCCAAGCACACCCUCAGCGCCGCCACCCCCAGCAGCAGGUCCGACAAGCCAGAAGCAUCAUCAUCAUCAUCAGACGACGACGACGAAACCGCUCCAGACGAACUGGAAGUCGGACACACGCAACUUCCGGAUCCAAGGCUGGGAUCCACCUGAGCAACUCGAACUCGAAGGCGGGCCCCGGAACGUGGCUAUGAUCAUUGAUUGGAGAGCGAUGGCUGGCACGACGACUCUACAUACCAAUCAGUAUAAUCCAAAUCAUCGUCUGGACGGCUGGGCGGGCUUCGGUAGACUGCCAGAGUCUCUCGGCCGGAAGCCAUUUCGUGUCGGCAAUCGUCUCCCUCACAUCAGCAUCAGCAACCCCACAAAUCACUCCAAUCUCUCCGACUCUAACCUCGGCUUGCUCGAUAAAAUCUCCCUCGGCCUCGGGCCUGAUUGGAUCCAGAAUAACUUGAACUAUUCUGGCCGCACCGCCGAGCUUUUCUCGGACUCGAAUCGCGCCUGGGUCAUCUCCAUAGCCUGGCUAAUCUCCUCAUUGAUCGGGGUGUUUAUAUUAUACGAGAUAGUACGACGACCGAAGCAUAUCAUGGACCAUUCCCUAACGAUCUGUCUGAACCACUUGAUCCUCACCACAUACUACUCGGCCCAUCUGCCCUCCUCACUCUGCGUGAAUUCCGCGACGGUCUCGGCGUAG